UAUAUCGCUCUUCCGAUAUCUCUUGCGCUUGAACUCUUUCAAGUUCACUCUUCCACACUCUCAAACAUCAUGAAAGCUGUCGUUCUCGGUGCUGCAGGUGGUAUCGGCCAGCCGUUAUCGCUUCUCCUAAAGGCCAACCCUGCUGUGACAGAGCUCGCUCUUUAUGAUAUUGUAAACUCUCCCGGAGUGGCCGUGGACAUUUCUCAUAUUGCUACCCCUGCCAAAGUCGAAGGAUUCCUACCCCCCGAUGAUGGUCUCAAGAAAGCACUCACUGGUGCUAAUGUCGUCGUGAUUCCUGCCGGUAUUCCAAGAAAGCCUGGCAUGACUCGUGAUGAUUUGUUCAAGAUUAAUGCUGGUAUCGUCCGCGAUCUCGCUACUGGCAUUGCCACUACGGCCCCGAAGGCUUUCGUCCUCGUAAUUUCCAACCCGGUUAACUCGACAGUCCCUAUCGUUGCGGAGGUCUUUAAGAAGCACGGUGUCUUUGAUCCCAAGAGGAUUUUCGGUGUAACAACGCUGGAUGUCGUUCGCGCUUCGACUUUUGUCUCUGAAAUUCUCGGCAAUCGUUCAUUAUCGCCGUCAGUAUCAGUUCCUGUGGUCGGUGGCCACAGUGGUGUUACUAUUGUUCCCCUGCUCUCUCAAUCUUCCCACCCUCUGCCAGCAUCCCUUGACGCCACUGCCUUUGAUAGCCUUGUCAACCGCAUCCAAUUUGGCGGAGAUGAAGUUGUCAAGGCGAAGGACGGUGCUGGCUCAGCAACCCUUUCCAUGGCUUACGCAGGUGCUGAGUUCGCCGGGAAAGUGAUCCGUGCCGUAAACGGCGAAAAGGGAAUCGUCACCCCGACAUUUGUCAACCUUGCUUCAGACAAGACGGGUGGUCACGCCCUCCAGAAGGAAAUUGGCAAGGACCUAGAUUAUUUCUCUGCUCCGGUCGAACUCGGCAUUCAUGGUCUCGGCAAGAUCACCCCUGCUGAGAAGGCGCUGGUCGAUGCUGCUCUCCCCGAGCUCUCUGCCAAUAUCGAGAAGGGUGUCGCCUUCGUCGAGGCUCCCAAACUCUAAGGUAUAUUGCGGUGAUGCUUGAGAAGUAAACCUGUAUAAAAUUGUACAAAUAACAAGAUUUAAGCUUGUGGAAGGUAUAGAAUGAAAUAUAGGAAUUACUCGUAUGUGAUCUUGGACUCGGAUCAUCUGUCAAGCUUUCAAGUUCCACAUCAAGUCACCAUAGUGGAUCAUGUACAAAUACUUUAUCAAUUCGUUCACGGCGUUCUAGGGGAGAUUAAGCAGUCCCCGAAGAUACGCGACUUCAUUCAUCAAAGACUCAGACUCGCGCUCCUUGCUCGUGUUGCACAUAUCUAUCUGAUCCCUAGGAGCGACUUCGGGCUGCGCGUAGAGUUCUCAAGAUCUCGUGCGCGGAGGAAAGACGAGAUUGGUCAACUUUUUGGGAGGUGAUUUCUUCGCAAAGGGAUUUGGCUUUGUCUCCGACUCUCCGUGAGGAGGGAGACGAUGAAUGCUUCCCGGGCCGAGAGAC